UCACACAUCACUUGCAUUUUUUCUUCCCUGCCACUUGCCUUAUUUUGCUUCUAAAUAAAAGUGAACCACACACCUCGUGCCAUGAGGUAUUUGAGAACAAAACACAGUGCCCAGCACACAUGGGGAGAGGGAUGGAGAGCCCCCACAUGCAGGGGACAUCUGGGCACUGAGAAAGCACCACUACCAAGAAAACCACCAAACAUGGCCUCUGCUCAGCUCUGUCUCCAGCCACAGCCAUUCUGGAGACCAUGGGAUCUUCCUCCCCUCCCAAAGCUGCAUCUCAUCCACUCUGCUAAGUUGGAAGGGCAGGAUACUUGGCACUGGCUGCAUUUUUCCCUGCCCAGGCAAGGAUGGAAACAGUAAGACACAGAGUGGUGUUUUCUAGCCAAGGCAUCAAAAAACUGUCAUCCAGGAAGAAAGUGGAUCACGGAAUCACAGACUCCUCAGGCAAUCUAAUUCCACCCUUGCCAUGGGCAAGGACACAUGGUUCCUGUUCUCCCUCAAGUUCUCUCCUUUUACUCAGGGAAUGCUGAGACACCCAGAGCUAUGCACAGACUCGACCCCAGGCUGCUCCAUACAUUCAAAACCUCCUGCCAAAACCUCCACCAUAUAAGGCAUCCCAUAGCCUCCAGCAGUGCCAGGAUACCUGCACAGCAGCAGGAUCAGGAUGGUGAGGAUUGUCAAUAUUUGCCCACUUUGGGCUCUCCAGAGGAGGGGCCCUGCUGAGGGUGCGUGGCCAUAAAAGGUGUGACCAGCAGCACCUUGGGCUCACCAAACCCUGGAGCUGCCACUGCCAGGAUGAAGCUCCUCUCGCUCCUCCUCUUCUGUGAGUACCCCCCACCAGCUCCCCCAGACCCUGCCCACAGCCAGGUGGGGAUGGUGAAAUGCCCAUUUUUGCUGUGGGAUGGAAUGUUGCUUUUCCUGGUGCUCUUAACCCUCCUUCUCCAGUCCUAGGACUGGCCCUUGCCAGCUGCAACUUGGCCCAGUUUGCAGUGCUGAUUAAGCAGAAGACCGGGAAAUCGCCGCUGGCUUACAACCGCUACGGCUGCUACUGCGGCUGGGGCGGGUCCAAACAGCCCCUGGAUGCCACCGACAGGUGCUGCCACGCCCAUGACUGCUGCUACAAGAAGUUGGUCGCAUCCGGCUGCAGCCCCAAAACGGCCACCUACAAAUACACCUUAAAAGGAAAGCAAAUAACCUGCGGAAAUGGGAACUCGUGCCAAAAGCAGACCUGUGCCUGCGACAAGAAGGCGGUGGAGUGCUUCCAGAGGGCAGCCAGCUCCUACCGCAAAUCCUACGACAACUACCCCAAUUCCAAAUGCAAGGGCCAAACGCCCUCCUGCUGAACACUGCUGCCAGCCUGGCUCCAAACCUGGCAGAAACCAGCAGAACUGGGGGUUCUGCCUUCCCUGUGGCCAGGCAGGACAUGGCACAGCCCUGUGGCACUGAAAAAGUGUCCAGCACCUUUCCCCAGAGCCUUAGCUCUAUUUUCCCAUAGUUAAAUAACUUGUAAAAAUGAGGUAAACCCUGCAA